AUGUCUGUCUCAAUUACUGAAAAACGCCGUGUUGCUAUUGCCUAUGAUGGCAGUGAAGAUGCCCAAAGACUCUUUGACUGGUCUGUCAAGAACAUUAUCCGUCCUGAGAAUGAUCACAUCAUCUUGUUGUCUGCUGUCAAGAGAGAUGACAAGACCAGUGGUACUGGUCUCUUUGGUAAGAAGGAAACUGCUGCUCCCAAGUCUGAAGAUUUGCCCAUGCUGUCUACUACUGUAUCCAGGGUAAAUGAAGCCAUCAAGGAAACAGAAAACCUGCCUCAUGGUCAAACUGCUCGUCAACGUCUUGAAGCCAUGUCUCUCAGUCUCCAGCAAUUAAAUAUCUCCAGCGAAGUACAUAUCCUCUGGGGCGAAGCCAAGACACUUGUUCCUCGCUUUACCGAAGCUCAUAAGGUAGAUUUAUUGAUUGUGGGCUCGCGUGGUUUGGGUGCUGUAAAGAGUGUCUUUUUGGGCUCUGUUUCCGACACAUGUCUCAAGGAAUGUCCUUGCCCUGUAUUGGUUGUUCGUAACGCCACUGUCUAA